AUGGCUCGCGCCUCCGAGUUCGGCGCCGUCGAUGUCGUCUCCGUCUCCCUGGCUUGCGUCGCCGCGCUGAUCCGCGCCGCGCUCAUCACGCUGGACUGGAAGACACCCCUGGCCGAGCUUCGGCGGACCGCCGACCAGGCUGCUCCGGAUCGUUCUCUUGCUGAUUUUGGUCGCCCGAAGCCGUGGGCUCCACACUGGAGGACGCCAGCAAUCGCACGGACACUCGAGCGCGUUGCUUCUAAACAACUUUUGCCUGUUUCCAAAGACCUUCAGAGGGCCAUGGCUGCCGCCGUCAACGAGGUCACCAAGGACCCAGAUUCGCGGAAGGGUGUGCAGAAGAGAGCGUACGCCGGUCUGCACCGCCACUGGCCGGAGCAGACCAGCGACAUCAACGGCAUCGAUUUUGACGCCCUCAUUGCCACUAUUAGGACAUCUCGCACUCGUAUCUCGACUUCGUCCCUGAAAAUUUGGAUGGGUGGAUGGACGACCAGCGCGAGGAUGCAUGAGAGCGUGGUGCACCGGUGCCUUUUUGGCUGCACAGCGAAGGACGAAUGGGCCCACUACGCCGACUACCUGCCGUUGUGGUCCACUGUGUACUCCACGCUGGGCGCGGCCCCGCCCGCCCCGAGAUUCGAGUGCAUCGGUCUCCACGCCAAGCGGCCCGACGACCUCCACCCGCGUACCUGCAAGGGGCUCGAUAGGAGCGGCCCCGUUGCUGUCACAUGCUUUGCUCGGGCGAGGCUCGGGCAAUCGGCGAGCACCCUCGCGGCGGGAAAGCCAGCCAAGUCCCCCGGGACGGCAGCGGCCGCAGCCGACAAGGGCAACAGGGAGAGCGUGGAGGUGCUCGCGGAGCCGCCGCGGGCCGAGGCGGCCGGGCGCGAGGCGCCCGCGCUGCGCGAGGGCGCCGCGGGGCGGGUGGCCGGCUGGCUCGGCCUGGGCGGGGCGGGCGAGGCGCCAAGCACCGCCGAGGUGGAGGUCUUCCGGGAGGGCUGCCGCGCAGUGGCCGUCGAGACCUUGGGGGCGGCGGCGGCGGGGGCCGUGCGGCCGCUGUUCCGUGGUGCGGUGCUGGCGUUCAACACGCGCACGCUCCCCAACCCCGGGGUUCCGGACGGAGUGCUGCGCUCGCUACUGCUGCCGCGCGACACCCUCGGGCCCUGGCUGCUUGGCCUCGAGGGCGACUACGCGUAUGCGGCCAGCCUCGACCAGAGCUUCGUGGUGCGGCUGCUGGAGCACGGCCUCUUUGUCCUCCCCGGCGACAGCCAGAUCUUCGCAUGCCCUUUCCCGGUAAAGCCGUACGUUUUCCUGCUCGAUGAGGGCGCCGCUCGGGGCACCCGCAGCACAUGGCGCAGCUGCAAAAUGCUGCGGCGCUACGGCAAGGAGUUCGAGCUGUCGUGCAACCGCGACUUCCAGGGGCACCUGGCCCUGUGCGGGCGCUACCACGAGGAGCGCGGCGGGACGUGGAUCAGCGACGAGCUCAUCGAGGUGCUGGCGCGGAUACACGAGGACCCAGGCAACGGGAUACGCAUGUUCUGCUUCGAGCUCUGGGACAAACGCACCCGCGAGCUUGCGGCGGCCAGCUUCGGGCUGUCGAUCGGGACCUUCUUCCACGACUUCAGCACCUGCUGCCUCGUCAGGGACCGCCGCUCGGCGGGGUCCAUCCUGGCCAAGGCCGUCGGGGCGCUCCUGGAGGACUGCGGCGUCGCCCUGUGGUACUGGGGCUGCAAGAUCGGGUACAUGGCAGAGUGCACGGGGCCCAGGAGAUCUCCCGGGCCGAGUACUACCGCAGGCUGCGCGCCGCGUCGGCGGCGGCGCUGGCGGAGGAGCCCGACGCCGCGAUCUCGGCCGGCAGGGCCGCCGUGCCUUGCUGGCCUGGCGCUGGGCCGCGGCAGCCCGCGUGACGCCCCGCGUGCAGCGGCUCCGCUCCCGGACGUGCUC